CAUAGUUUUAAAGUUAAAAUGUACUAAUUUGGUCAAACUCGGAAUCUUUAUUUUGAUGCCACAAAUAUGGUCUAGUACUAGUCAGGAAUUUCCAAUAUUAUUUAAGUAGGAAAGAUGAUAUAUUCCCAUGCUUUCGGCUCUUUACCCUGCAGGAAAUGGUUCUUUUCUUCUUAGUGUAUUUGGACGGCCAGAAAAAGUUUGGUUGGCUUUGCGUGCAAACGCAGCGGUGCUGAUUCCCCACCAUAGAUUCAUCCAAUACCCCAUAUGCCCUUUCCUUUUUUCCGAUUCUGUUGUGUCGUGGACCUACUGAAUGAGGGAAUUGUAGUCAUCUAAUUCUGUCUGAGGCUAUCUUUUUCUUUCCAACAUAGCCAACACCCACAUGUUCUGCACUUUAAGUGCAUUCAUCUUCCCUAUAAUUUCAUGGCCUAACAGGGAAAAAGAGAACCACAGGAUUGCAGGAAGCAAAGGAGGAAAUGGAAGAACAAGUUGAUUUGGUAGGGAACACAUUUGUGGAUCAUUACUACCAUCUCUUCGACAAUGAUCGAUCCUCCCUAGCUUCUCUCUACCAACCCUCCUCCAUGCUAACCUUCGAGGGACAGAAGAUACUCGGCGUUGAUGAUAUAUCCGCCAAGCUUAACCAGUUGCCAUUUGAUCAGUGCCGGCAUAUCAUCAGCACCAUUGAUUCCCAGUCUUCCGCCGGUGGCAUUGUGGUCUUUGUCAGUGGCAGCCUCCAACUACCUGAAGAGGAGCACCACUUAAGAUUUAGCCAGAUGUUUCACUUAAUUCCAACGCUACAAGGAAGUUUCUUUGUGCAGAAUGACAUAUUCCGCCUCAACUACGGUUGAUUUUUUCUUGGUUUUUUCCACCAAGUAUUUCCAUUGUAACACUGUUUCAUUAAUUCUGAAAUCUUGAAUAAAGUACCGAAAUUACC